AUGGUGAUUAAGUGUCAAAUAUUACUGAGACCAACCCACAACAAUAUUUACACCAGCGGGCAAAUGGUACCAGGCACUCUCCGAUAUAGCAUCGACCAACCAACAAUAUUUAAGUCUAUCACAAUAUUCUUCACUGGCAAGCUGAAAGGCAAGAAAACUAAAGAAGAGUCUAGGCAUUUGAUCAAGAAAGAAGACUUAGUAUUCAUGCACGAGAAUGUUUUACAAGAAAGACACGUAUACUUAAACACAGGAGAAUAUGAACAUGCAUUUAUAUUUCAACUUCCAGAAGAAUUACCAUCUACGUACAGAAGCAAAAUGUGUACGAUAUCAUAUAAAAUUCUUGUGGAAUUCAAGAGACCAGGACUGUUUCACAGUAACAGAUUAGUGAAUAUAGAAAUACCAGUAUAUGGAACAGUAAAACCUAGUCUGGAGCAUCGCACAAAUUUUUCCUUAACCAAAACUCCUUUUCUUACAAAGAAGAAUAUGCAUGCAGAAGUAAAGAUUGAAAAGGUAGUGUUCACCGCAGGAGAUAUAAUAAAACUAAAUUUUCGUAUCAAUAAUGAAACAAAUUUUGCAAUUAAUGGUAUUAUAACUAAAUUGAUGGCAGUUACUACUUAUAAAUAUGAUUUAAAAGACAAGAAUGUAAAAAGAGAAACAAUAAACCAGAGUGUAUUGGAAUCUCCAUUAGAAGCGAGUAAAAUUGAAGGCGAAUUAACCUGUGCCGUACCAACAAAUCUAACAAACCUAUAUUCUAUACAACAUUCGAAGUUUUUCUCAAGAGAAUAUAUAGUCAAUGUUAUAGUAGAUCUGCCGUUUCCUCAUAAGAAUAUUUCGUUGGAAAUUCCAGUGGUCAUAGAGGCUGAAAUUGACAAGCUGAAAAUAGAUGUGAAUUGUCACUAUAGUAUAUUUAACAGCAUAUCUUACUUGACUUACUUUUUAUCAAGAUUUCCCAUAGCCAGAGUAACAUAUUAA